AUGAGAUCGCUUGCAGAGACGCAAGCGAGAUGGCAGGCGACCCAAGCGCACUGCGCAAGCGUCGACGAGUUACGGGACGCCGUCCGCUACAACGGGCCCUCCAGCCCUUGUUUAUCGGGCUGUCGCUCCGUCUGCUGGAAGGUGUUUCUCUUGUCCAAGGAUGGCGAGGCAAGUUGGUCUCAGUCUCUUCGCCAGAAGAGGGAGCUCUACAGUGAACGUCGUGACCACUUCCUCAAGUUUAUAAACCAUCCCGAGGCUCUCGCCGAACUCACCAUCGACCCUUUGGCCGAUGACCCCAAAUCUCCUUGGAAUACUGUCCGCGAAGAUGAGGUUAUCAGAGCAGAGAUCCUACAAGACGUGCAAAGGCUUCCGGAUGAAGCAAACUAUCAUGAAGACUAUAUGCAGCGCAUGAUAUUGGACAUCUUGUUUAUCUAUUGCAAGGUGAAUCCGAGCAGGGGAGGCUAUCGUCAGGGCAUGCACGAAGUCCUGGCCCCGAUAGUGCACGUUGUCGAGCAAGAUGCCCUGGAUCGCGCAUCAAUAUCCGCCAGCGAUGCCGAGAGUAGCGUUGACGAGCUGAUGCUCGAGACCAUCGACCGGUCAUUUAUCGAGCAUGAUGCCUUUGUCUUGUUUUCUCAACUGAUGGAGCACGCUCAGUCAUUCUACGAAGUCAAGGAUGUGCCAGACUCGAAUUCGAGCGCCGACGUCCCAUCCCCAGCUCGAUUUCCAGAGCAAAGCUCGGCCAUUGUUGAGCGGAGCAGGUUCAUUCAUGAAGUCUGCUUACAAAAGGUUGACCCCGAACUAGCUGCACAUCUCACAAGUAUAGAGAUACUUCCUCAGAUCUUCUUAAUCCGCUGGAUUCGACUCUUAUUCAGUCGAGAGUUUCCUUUCAACCAGUUUCUUGUCCUUUGGGACACAAUCUUUGCUGUUGAUCCUUCGUUAGACCUGAUCGACCUCAUUUGCUGCGCCAUGCUACUGCGCAUUCGUUGGCAAUUGCUGGAGUCUGAAUAUUCUCUUUGUCUGCAACUUCUCCUGAAAUACCCACCCCCUGAUCAGCUGCAUGGGCCUCAAACGUUCGUUGAUGAUGCGCUCUAUCUCCGUGAUCACAUGAAUGCGGCCGGAGGUGCAGCCUUGAUUAAGAGAUACUCGGGAAAAAUUCCCAAAACGCUAAAGAGCCCCGAGCCUGCUGAACGCAUCGGCUCGCCCUCUUCCGGAUUUGAGUCACUCCGCAGAAAGGGCUUCGGCUUGAGGUCACCAAUCCGUUCACCAUCGAAGUUUCUUCAGCAACAGGGUGGGGUGGAAAAUAUGAUCCAGGGCGUGAUAGAGAAGAGCGAAAAGCUGGGAAUCAACCAAGCACUACGAGAUGCCGUGGGCGAAAUCAAAAGAAACAUGCAAGGUCUAAACGAAGGACUGUCUUCGCCGUCUCCAAGAGUGGCCAUGGCCGACGCUGGCGCAGCCAAAGCGCUAGCUGUUAUGCAGAGGCGGAACGAGCAACUGGCAAGCCUCCUCGAAGAGACCGUCCUCAGCCUGAGGGCACUGUCUCUGUCCAAUCUUGAGGACAAGGCUCGAAGCCUUGACACGAUUGAGGUUGCAGCAGCCAAAGUCCAGUUUGUGCAGAUAUAUCUUCAAGAUGCCACCAUGGACAUUCCGAUGAUAGACUCCCCUACGGCUGAAGCAAUGCCAUCUGGGGUUGAGAAAAGAGAAGGAAAAGAGACGAAGAGAGUGCCAACAGCUGGAAAGGAGAACCAACCUCUGUCACCGGUAUCUCCAGACACAAAUACGCCCGCUCCGGCUCCAGCGAAGACGAUCUCGGCUUUGGACCAGGUGAAGAAGCCCGCGGAGGUCAAAGACCCGCUGUCUGACUCAGUAGAAGUCACAAGUAAGGAUGCGAUGAACGAAGGCGUGUUGAGUGAAAUCAGCCUCAAUGCUCGACCGGCCGCCCCUAUACCCGCCAGAUCGACUAUAGCACAGUCUUCUUUCUCAUGGAUGUUGGAACCUGAUGAAUCCGGCCCCCUGAAGACGCCUCCGAUAGGCAAAUCACCUGUGUCUCAGCAGAAGAGACGCGGGAACAAUGCGAGCCGUGAGAAGAACGCGUUUCUGUUUGGAGAAGGGCCAGCAGAGCUGGACGAGAGAGAUCCUCUUGGGUCUGGCGACAUUUUUGGGUUGGAGCCUAUUGAGAGCACGCAGCGAGCGAAGGAGUAA